AUGUGCUUAGUUCUUGGAAAUUAUGUUGUUAUUAUAAUGUUAGGUGUAACGGAGCAUUUUGGAAUUGAUGUAGCUGAUUGUGAUAUGAUCGUGGGAUCUUUAGAGCAUGCGUUUUCAAGUACUGGUGGUUUUUGCGCUGGAAGAACAUUUGUAAUCUACCAUCAACGUUUAUGCAGUUUGAGUUAUAUUUUCUCAGCAUCAUUGCCUCCAUUGUUAGCAGCCGCUGCAAGUAAAGGUCUUGACAUCAUUAACAAUGAUCCAGAGCGUCUAGUACGUCUUCGUCAAAACUCUAAAAUAGUAAGUGUGGGAUUGAAAGAAGCUUUCGAAGGUACGCAAUUUACGAUAAACGGUGAUCCAUUGAGUCCUUUGCAACAUAUCUAUUAUGAAGGAAAUAAUACCGAUGAAAAAUUGAAUGCAUUAGUGAAAAAGAUGCGUGAAAGAGGAUACUUGUUAGCUCGAGCUUGUUAUCAUCCAGAAGAAUCAUUUACCCCUAAAUCGAGUAUACGAUUGUCGAUACAGUCGGAACUGUCACAUGAUGAAUUAACAUCGUUUAUUGAAGCAAUGAAAGAAGAAGCUCAACAAGUUAAUGAAUUUUAA